CUCUGGCUCCGAGGCCGGUGGAGUGGCCGUGGCAGUGGCUGCUCGGCGGGCUCGGCGCCUCCUCUCCUGCGGCCGGCUUCCUUGCCCGAUGCCCACGGCGCCCGGCCGCACCCGGACACACGCGGGCGGCUCAGGGAUGGCCCGCGCUUCGCGACGUGGCGGGCGGGCACGGGGGCGCGGGACGACGCGGCCCGAGUGAGCCGGGGCCGCCCGGGAUGGCCGUGCCGCCGCUCUGCCGGGUGCUGCUGCUGUGGCAGCUGCUGGCGGCGGGCAGCGCGGCGCUGGAAAUCGGCCGCUUCGACCCGGAGCGCGGGCGCGGGCCGGCGCCGUGCCAGGCGGUGGAGAUCCCCAUGUGCCGCGGCAUCGGCUACAACCUAACCCGCAUGCCCAACCUGCUGGGCCACACGUCGCAGGGCGAGGCGGCGGCCGAGCUGGCCGAGUUCGCGCCGCUCGUGCAGUACGGCUGCCACAGCCACCUGCGCUUCUUCCUGUGCUCUCUCUACGCGCCCAUGUGCACCGACCAGGUCUCGACGCCUAUCCCCGCCUGCCGGCCCAUGUGCGAGCAGGCGCGCCUGCGCUGCGCGCCCAUCAUGGAGCAGUUCAACUUCGGCUGGCCGGACUCGCUGGACUGCGCCCGGCUGCCUACGCGCAACGACCCGCACGCGCUCUGCAUGGAGGCGCCCGAGAACGCCACGGUCGGCCCCGCAGAGCCCCACAAGGGCCUGGGCAUGCUGCCCGUGGCGCCUCGGCCCGCGCGGCCCCCCGGCGAUGCUGUCCCGGGCCAGGGUGGUGGCGGCGGUACCUGCGAGAACCCGGAGAAGUUCCAGUACGUGGAGAAGAGUCGCUCGUGCGCGCCACGCUGCGGGCCCGGCAUCGAGGUGUUCUGGUCGCGGCGCGACAAGAACUUCGCGCUCGUUUGGAUGGCCGUGUGGUCGGCGCUGUGCUUCUUCUCCACAGCCUUCACUGUGCUCACCUUCCUGCUGGAGCCUCAGCGCUUCCAGUACCCCGAGCGCCCCAUCAUCUUUCUCUCCAUGUGCUAUAACGUCUACUCGCUGGCCUUUCUCAUCCGUGCCGUGGCGGGUGCCCAGAGCGUGGCCUGUGAUCAAGAGGCGGGUGUGCUCUACGUGAUCCAGGAGGGCCUGGAGAACACGGGCUGCACGCUGGUCUUCCUGCUGCUCUACUAUUUCGGCAUGGCCAGCUCGCUGUGGUGGGUGGUGCUGACCCUCACCUGGUUCCUGGCGGCUGGCAAGAAAUGGGGCCAUGAGGCCAUUGAGGCCCAUGGCAGCUACUUUCACAUGGCGGCCUGGGGCCUACCAGCCCUCAAGACCAUCGUUAUCCUGACCCUGCGCAAGGUGGCCGGGGAUGAGCUGACUGGGCUCUGCUACGUGGCCAGCAUGGAUGAGGCAGCGCUCACUGGCUUUGUGCUGGUGCCCCUCUCCUGCUACCUGGUGCUGGGUACCAGCUUCCUCCUGACUGGCUUUGUGGCCCUCUUCCACAUCCGCAAGAUCAUGAAGACAGGCGGCACCAACACAGAGAAGCUGGAGAAGCUCAUGGUCAAGAUUGGAGUCUUCUCCAUCCUUUACACAGUGCCCGCUACCUGCGUCAUCGUCUGCUACGUCUAUGAGCGCCUCAACAUGGACUUCUGGCGCCUUCGAGCCACAGAGCAACCCUGCUCAGUGGCCACCAUACCUGGUGGCCGGAGGGACUGCUCAUUGCAAGGAGGCUCAGUGCCCACCGUGGCUGUCUUCAUGCUCAAAAUCUUCAUGUCGCUUGUGGUGGGUAUCACCAGCGGCGUUUGGGUAUGGAGCUCCAAGACUUUCCAGAGCUGGCAAAGCCUGUGCCACCGCAAGAUGGCAGCUGGCCGGGCCCGUGCAAAGGCCUGCCGGGUCCCUGGGGGCUAUGGCCGUGGCACCCACUGUCACUAUAAGACCCCCACAGUGGUCUUGCACAUGACUAAGACAGACCCUUCGCUGGAGAACCCCACACACCUCUAGGGACACAGGCCUGCCCAGGGCGGCUGUUGCCCCUUCCCAGCCCCCCUCUGGAGGAGACAGCUGACUAGCAGCUGCCCAGCUGUCAAGGUCAGGCAAGUGAGUGUGAGGGGACCAGGACCGGGGUGGGGAGCCUCUCCUUCAACCUCGCUUGUCAGGACCCAGUGAGGCCCACUACCUUACAACCUAGUGCAGGGGCUGGGCCUGUCUGAGUCCCCCCAGGGUCGCUGGGAGCUUGUGGAGGGGAGGAGUGGCAGAAGGGGGCGUGGCCCAGCAGGGAGUUUAUUUAAUGAUGUAAUUUAUUGUUGAGUUUCUCUGGAAGCUGUGACUGAAAUAAACCCCAUAUGACAUCGAUGAGUCCUCUCUGGGCUGGGAAAGGGGAAGGUAAGAAGGUGAGGGUCCUGCCAGGGUCUCCCUUGUGAGCAUAGCUGGGGGUAGGGGCCGGGUCUAUCCCCUGGCCCCCGUCCUCUGGCUCCUGCCAAUCAGGAGGACAUCUUUCCUGGACAGCUGUUAUUUUGCAGGAGUCCUAGGAUCUGCAUGUUUUCCCCUCUCACCUGUCUUUGCUCUUUUCAGCAACCUGUUUGCCUUUCUCUGGGCCUAGUCUCCCUGCUUCUUGAAGUGAGACUGGAAUGCCUGCCAGGAUACUCAAGGACUGCCCUGGGAUAACACCCCCACCUCUGGCCCUGGGGAGUCUAGCCUGUUUAGGGGCUGUGGGUAAGACUGCUUUCCUCAUUUAUGUAGAAAAUGAGGCCAUCAGCCUGUCUCAAAGUUUCCCUUAAAGGCUCAGGACCUGCUCCCACUGUCCUGUGGGCCCAUCCUACUGUCCCUUUGCUGGGCCUGAGAAAAUCGCUGGUGUGUCCACCUCACUCCUUUGGGCCCUAGUCAGGGUACCCCACCCCCUCAUCUGUCCAGGUGGAGUGGUGAUGGGGCUGAAUUGAGUUAUGGGCAACUUGGUAGCACCGACAAGGGCAUGGUGAUGGGGAGCCCUUGAAUGUAGUGAGAAUUGGGCCCUCAGCUCUUGAAGGGCUGAUAAGAUUUGAGGUACUGAGAGCAGCAGUGAGAAAGGGAUGCACAUGGCUCCCCUAAGGCAGCUUGCACAUUUGUGUACUGGGGGACGGGGCAAAGUACAGAGUGGAUGUGUGUGCCAGGGAAGCCCAUGGCUGCUGGGAUCUGUACCGUCUCUGUCCAUUACAAGGUGUGUGUGGCCAUUCUGAUGGGGAUGACCCCCAUCAGCUUGGCGUCAGACACCGGGGCCCCAUCUUGUCCUCUGCUUUGGCUACUGUGACUCCAGCCAGGUGAGUUUUGGUUACUGUCCCUGUGUGCAUAAUACACAGAGCCAGCAUUCAGUAUCACAGCCUAGAGGCCCUAAUGGUCCAGACUCAUUUUAGAGCCAAGGGGGGGGGGCCAAGGUGGACUGCUUCAGAUCAGAAGUAGGGAUGAGCCCCCAAGCUCAGGGUGCCUCAGGUCAGAGCGCUGUCCUGCACUGACCACCAGUCUCACAGGGAUAUGCCAGAAACCAAACGAAGAUCGAACAAGCCAUGUCAGAGUCCCAGAACGCUCCGUCAGAGUAGAGGAGAGUUAAGGGCUGUUACUCAGCACAAGGGAGAGUACUGACCUCCAAGGGGGUUUUGCAACUCUCCCACCUCUGCUUAUAUA